CCAACUGUAGUCUCUGAAGCAUAUCAACAUCUUCAACAAGUUUCCUACAUUUUCGUUGCGUUGAAUUGCGAAAGGUGAACUUGUUUCAGUUGAUACUCGAAAUUCGCCAUCUCGUCUUGUUGUUCAGCCUCGUUUUAUCCGUCACCGUGGCAGAUGAUUCGGCUAAAGACUUUUCGCAAAACAGCAGUUACAUAACAGUUUCGCCUAUUACCUUAGCAGAGACAACUUUGGCCACAUCCAUAAACAGCAGCGGAUACGACGAGGAUUAUUACCGUAAAAACAGUCCUCCGGCCAAUGCUGUAAAGAAAAGCACAACAGUUAAACCCGUUGUCAGACGACCGGCUACUACGAGCCGACGUCCAAGACCAACUAGGCAUCCAGCAGAAACUAAAGAUCCCGUUCACAGUUGGGAUCAAGCCGAUACUUGCGGGGGGCAACAUCCUUGUGCCUUUGUCAGACGAUCAGAAUAAUAAAGUCAUCGAGGAAACUUACCGGUCGACUAGUUUCCCAAUAGCGAGAACGUAUCCAUCAAUCUGCACUUGGAAUGUCAAGGUACGUAGAAAAUCACAUUUGCCCUCGAAAUUCAUGGUGAUGAUGGGUCGACUCCAGUGAGCAUAAAUUGCCGUCACGGUCGAAUUGUUUUUGACGAACGCAGUUGACUGCCCAAUGACAAGGAAUGCACAAAUGGAUACAUCCGCGUUUCUCCCUUUAUGAAAGAAGCCAAAAUCUGUGGCCGCAUCGGAGACGUCCCUCCUCUCCAGUGGCACGUCGAGGACCAACAGCCGGAAACUGUGACCAUUUCCAUGCGGAAUAUGGGACUUGAAGAAGACAAAUCCACCGGUCUGUCUUUCACCCUCCAAGGUGAAUGUUUGGCAUACUUAUCAAACGUGACUAUCAACGACAAUGGCAUGAAUUCCAGCAACAGUCAGUGGCUGCAUCAGCUGUGGAAAAACUCGGUAGUCGCUGGAGGACCCAGGGUUUUCAUUCCGGGUGUGGAUCUGACCAAUAUUAUUCCCUGGAUGGAAAAUCCUGGAACACUGCCGCCACCUACGACAUUGGCAAGUGUCACUACAGUAAAUAACAUUGAGAGUAACCUAAAUCAACCGCCUACCCGUCGUCCUCGACCAACUCGACGUCCCAACAUCCGACGCCCGUCACUUCCAACAGCUCAUCCAGUCACUGCCCGUGCAACAACACCUCGACCCAUAACUUUUGACCAAUACGAUACUUGCGGAGGAACAAUCCAUGUCCCUUUGAUAUUCGAUCGACUCUCGUUCCACGAAUCGUCGCAUUUCUUCACCGGACGCAAUUAUCCUCUCGUCUGCAUAUGGAAUGUCAAAAGUGAGUCCGCUAUGCCGUCGUACUCGAGUCACAAUGAGAGUGGAUGUCCGGAGUCGAUUGGCCGAUGUGGAUGGCUGUACAAAGGGAUACUACACCGUGACACCUAUAAUGAAGGAAGCAAAACUUUGCGGCCGGAUCGGAACAGUUCCGCCCUUCCAGUGGUACGUGGACGACCAAAAACUGGAAGAUGUUUCCAUCGUCAUGUAAAACAUUGGAUUAAAUGACGGCCGUUCCGAGGGUCUGUCUUUCAGCCUUCAAAGCGAAUGUAUUCAAAUCAGGCCGGAUAUCAAGAAGAUUGACGUCGAUAUUGAAAAUUAUUGGUCCACUACUCGAUGGGUGAAUCGAUUGAGGGAAGAAUCUGUUAAUGGAGAUGGGCCGAGAUUAAUCACACCUGGGAUCUUUGGUUCCACGACCAUCAGCUCGAUCCUGCCAAACACUCAAAACUUCAAUAAAACGACCUCUAACCAUUUUGAAGAUCAAUAAGACAUUCCCUGGGUCAUCCUGAAGCCGCUGUCCGACACGAAGAUAUCUUCUUCGUCAAACGUAGUUCCAAAUGUCGUUAGAAAUGAGAUUGUAGCUCCAGCAGCGAUUCAUUCGUCAAUAAGUCCUGUGAAUAAUCUUCCAAAGAUUCCCCACGUCACCCCGCACGUUACUUCCCCUAUUCCAUGGGUCAUUCUAAAAUCUCCCGUUAGUGAAAAUCAUUCCCCAUUAAAGGCAUCAACGACCCCAUCUACUUCAGCUAAGCCGUUGACUACGGUCCGUCCACCCACCACCCAUCGCUCUUCGACUAGUCCAUCGACAAACAAGCCAACAUCAAAGACUCAACGUCCGCCUAACAAGACAUCUAAUGGUUCAGUUCAGUCGUCAACAACAGCGACUCGUUUGUCAUCGACCACCGUUCGUCCCGGCACUGCAGCCAAGAAACCAGCAACUAAAUCUGCUGUUCCAUCGUCCACUCGUGUUUCUACAGUUCGCCCUACUUCCCCCACCGUUCGUCAACAAACUAAACGACAAUCAACUACGACCCGAAAAUCAGGCACUAAGGUUUCACUCACAACCAAAAGUCCGGUUCUUAAUGUCCCCAACAGCAAUUCAAAGGCGGCCACAAACGGGGUACGGCCAAUUGUGAUUAACGAUGACAUCAUUAUCGACGAAGCCAUUUCUGACAUCACGUCGCAAUUGGAAGAAAUCAAAAGGGAAGCGGAAAUAAACCAGCAGAAAUAACAGAAACAGCAAUGAAACAUAAUAUAUGUCUGAUAAGCAUAUGGCUUAUUGACAGCAGUAAUUACUCAGUUAUAAAUUAUCAGGCCUAAAUAAAUAUUAUGCUACUAUCUAUCUCUCAUUUUGUGGUUGAUAAAUAAAUCGGUGGGACCUA